AUGAUUGAUACCGCUGCCCAGUGGGAUCAUCGUUGUCGACAAUCGUUGAAAGAAACUAGUGCAACUGCAUCAGAGUCCCAUUCGACGGUCGGCUCUUCUGGGAAUCAAGCAACGGAUACUUCUUCUGAUGGAGGCGGAACUGUCCCCGUCGCUGUCCUUGAAACAACUGCAGGAUCUACGGGAACCGCAUCAAUGUCAGGAGCACCUAUCUCGGCUGUAGACAGUAGUCAAAACGGCAGUCUUUCUGAAGCAUCAGUCACUCGGGCUUUGUCUCAGCUGGAAUUCGCUCUGCGUUCAGACGUUUGGGGUGGAGAAUCUUGUGAACUGCGUUUGGGAUUCAUUGAUCGGUAUUUUGCCAGUGAAGAAGGUCCCGGUGGAGGCGGGACUGGAUCACCGGUCGUUAUCACUCCCGGUAGUACCGCUGGAGGUGGUGCCAAUACUGCGUCGGGACAAUCGACGGGACACCCUGGUCCCCCGGGAUCUGGUACGGUUGCAACCACGCCGAGUGCGGCCCAGUCAGCUGCACAUCCCGGUGCUCCUGGCUUAGGAACAGCGCAAACCAAUCAUUUGCUGAUGACACUGGAGGUACUACGUAUUCUGUUCACAUCGUUGGAAAGCCAUACUUUGCUGUCCAACGUGAAACAUUUCAGCGGUGGCCUGUGUGCACUGCUCACGCGUCAGCUGACGAACGUGCGUCUGAUACGUUCUUGUGCCAAUCUGUUACGGGCCAUGCUUGAAAAAUUCCCGGCUGACGCAUCACAUCGGCAAAAGAUAACCACACAUGCCGAGUUGUUUGACAUCUAUUCAACUACAUCGAAAGCAAUUCAAGAAUCAUUUACUCUGUAUAGUGAGAACGGUCCAAAGUCCACAUUGCUCGCUCGACUUCAGUCUGCCUUUCUGCUGUUCCAAGCAACUCAAGUACAUUCGAACCCACACGCAUUCGUUGAUCGAUGUAUUGUCCAGCUUGUCAAGUUAACUCAUCGCCUAAUUCAAGACGUGAUCAGUCCCUCCUUUGGCUCGAAUGCGCAGGAUUCCGGUGCCAGUUCACAACUGACGGAUCUGCUUAUCACUGGCCUCGAGGUAAUCAAAUCCCGACUGAAUGUAGUCAGUCACGAGAUGCGUAAAAACGCCUUCGGACCGGAUCUUUGUCUGAUCAUGGAUCGUGCACGCGAUCCCCGUCUGUUUCGAACGGUAAUUAAAAUACUGCGAGAUUGGAUCAAUGUGCCGAAGUCGGAAGAGCAUUUUGCUCCAACCGCCCGUGAGAAAGUGAGUUUCUUCCAUCGGCUAUGGUUGGCGUAUCCUCGAUGGGUGGAUAUGUCCCCGGAUAUUGCACGAGAAAUACUCGAAUGUGUCUACGAGGUAUACUCCAGUGGAAAUUUAUUCAAGAACCACGAUUUGUACGUCAAGCUAGAACAAGCAUUUUGUUGUAGCAUGCUGUGUCCAUUCCCAGACAUCCGUGAACGCUUCGUCUCCUUGUAUCUGGAUGCAUCACAACUGUACUCAGCCCAAUCCUCGGCAGCCUCCUCAGCCCAAGCCAACGUUUAUAAACCGAGCUCCCAUCCACCGUCCGACCCUAUGUCUACUCCUGGUGCUACGGAUUCCGGGUCUAUCGCAAACGGUGGUGGUCCCGGCCUUGAUCUAUCCGGAUCCACUUCGUCAUCUCCGGUGCAUCACACAGACACGGAUCGAGAGUCUGCCUGUUCCGUCCCGGGUUCCGAUUCGCAACCGUCCUUGCACCGUCCGCCCACCACGGCUUCCUCUCUUCUUGUCCGUCUCCUAUUUCUGUUUGUCUCAUGCAGCUGGGAUGAGGCACAUUUUCGGGAUGAGUUCUGGCUCCCCUUGUUUUUCGAUGUUCUUCUGUGUGAUGUCGAUACUGGUUUGCCACCACUUCUAGCCGCUGGUUCUAACCUGUUCCAAUUACCUGCAACCGAUGCGUUUGAUUCAAAGUUCGUCGAGUCCACCAUUACCUGUUCCCUGUCGCCAGAGUUUUCAAAAUUGAUAGAAUGGCAAAUCAAAGGAAGUAAAGAGGCCGCGGCGGUUACUUUCAAAGAUGGUCUGCGUGGAUUGUUGUGUCUGAUUCAUCGGCAUCCGGCAUUGGCCACUCAGCUGAUGACCCAGCUUUGGCCUCAACUCUGGAACCGACUGCUACUACGACAGUCAGAAACUGGGCUAGAUCUUGCAGAGGGCCAUAGCAUGUCGGUCUCAGUGUCUGCCGCAUCCGAUAGACCUAAAUCUUCUGAACGUGAUCCGGAAGAGGUGUCUCGAACACCGACGACAGUCGCACCUGCUGGUCCAGAGGCUGUAUCCGGGGCGGAUGGCAUGGGGGGUGGUAGUGGAAAUAACAGCUCUGUGGGAUCAACCAACCUCUCUGUGAGCGAAAUUCGUGGCUUUGUGUUACCACAACUAUGGCGCUUUCUAACCUCUGAUCAGCACGUAAAUCCAUCCGAACCGCAACCAAGCGCUCUGGGUGCGUUUCUAUCUUCUCUGGCUACCACCUCAGACACUGCGCUCAUUCAUAUCCCCCUGCCUGCUAUCACUUACAUCGGCACGUCAUACAACCAAUGGCACACUGUUGCCUUGUUCCUCGAGGGCCUCUGCUCUCGUGCUCGAAAACUGGGUUUAGAAACAACUGGUUCACCGAAUGACUUUGUGUACAAUGUCAGUUUGCCCGGGCCCGAAUCGGAUAGCAAUGGAUCUCUGGUGAUCGCACCUGUCCAGCCGUCAGAGGUACCUGCUGGUUCGGCCAAUCUCUCCCUAAUCGCAUUAUACGAUAACAUGAACGAACCAGACUACCUGGCAUCUGCUUGGUGGUAUCGUCUUACCCCAGCAGGUCGACCGCAAGGUACUCACCGACAGACUGGAAUGCUCAAAUGUUUGGAGUACGCGCAGCACGGUUUAUUGCUACGGUCACUCGAAUGCUCUUUGGAUCAGCUGGCUACAACGACCCUAGGGGGUGCUGGUGCGCUCGGCAGCUCGCUCGAUUCUGGAGGCACUGCGAGCGCCGCUGGAGCUGUUGUUGGCGGUGGUUCAGCUUCAUCCAAUCGAGCAGCAUCUGUUGCCGCUUCCACGGCAUCUGCCGUGGCCCGGUCUCAAAGCGCUUCUCCGCUCACACUGGCUGGUGCAAGCGCUCAAUUUAGCGAAUAUGUUAAUCGAGCAAGACUCCAAGAUUACUGUAUCCGGUGA